CUAAAGGAGAAGCUGAACACGCUGGCCAUUUCGGUGAUGAACCAGUGGCCGGGCGUGAAGCUGCGCGUGACGCAAUCGUGGCACGAGGGCAACCAGUACGCCGGCGAGUCGCUGCACUACGAGGGCCGAGCCGUGGACAUUACCACCAACGACCGAGAUCGCUCCAAGCUGGGCAUGCUCGCCCGCCUGGCCGUCGAGGCGGGCUUCGAUUGGGUCUACUACGAGUCACGUGUCUGGAUACACUGCUCAGUCAAGUCAGAAAAAUCCGAAUCAGCCCGUAACGGCGGUUGCUUCGACGAAACCAGCGUCGUCUACUCUCGCAGCGGCGGGCCAAAACCGAUCAAGGACGUCUCGGUGGGUGAGGAGUUGCUGACGAUGGCAGCUGACGGCCUCUCCUACGCCUACAGUCCAGUGCUGAUGUUUCUAGACCGUGACCCGAGUGUGGAGCGGCUCUACUACCACAUCGAAACCAGCUCAGGAGCUAAAAUCACCGCCACUGCCUCGCAUUUGCUCUUUGUCGCCGAGGGACUGAAUGAAGAUGAAGAGAAGGAUUCGAUCUUGGUUUCAGCCACCACCACCACAACUACCACUACUCAGCCUCAGUUUGCCAAGGACAUCGCCCUGGGCCAGUACCUGUACACUCUGAGAAGGGAAGGUGAUCAACUGGUCGACAGGUCAACUCAGUCAGCCACCCUGGAGAAGGUGGUGAAGAUCAGCACCAGCCUGAGCCGGGGCGCCUACGCCCCCCUGACGAUGACCGGAAACCUGGUGGUGAACAACAUCACCGCCUCGUGCUAUGCAGUCAUCAACAGCCAACGACUGGCCCACCUCUCAUUUGCGCCCGUCCGCUGGGCGCACUCCUUCACUGAGCUUGGCGACCGUCUGUCGCGAUUUCUACUUCACACCUCCUCUUCAUCAUCAUCUUUUACUCGAAGAGCAGCUAACAGCAACUCUGCAUCAGCAUCAGUUGCAGAAUCAGCAAAUUCCAUUGCAUCACCGAUGCAAGAAAACAGCAGCAAAGGUGGCACUGGCGUUCACUG